CGUCAUAUCCGACAGCAGGCCGUGUGGCAACGCAAGUAAACGGCAAAACAGAUUUAAAAAAAACACAGAAUCGGCCGGAGAAUCUUCUUCCAUCCUUUCAGAUUUCACAAGCAGGUGGACAAAUUUCGGAACAUCUGACACGCACGAAAGGUAACCAGUCUAAUCGAAACAGAAGGUACAGAGGAAGAGGCGCAAAGAAAAAUUUCCUUACUCGAUGACAUUACAUCGCAAUGUCCGAUCGUUUGGGGCAAAUAACCAAGUCCAAGGAUGGGAAAAGCAAGUAUUCCUCGCUCAGCCUAUUUGACAAGUACAAGGGAAAGUCAAUAGAAACUCAGAAAACCACAGUUGUUCCACGACAUGGCUUGCAGAGUCUCGGUAAAGUGGCCACUGCCCGGCGCAUGCCCCCACCCGCUCACCUGCCGAGCCUGAAAUCCGAAAAUAAAGGAAACGAUCCAAACGUGAUUAUUGUGCCCAAAGACGGAACAGGAUGGGCGAACAAGCAGGAACAAUCCGAUCAAAAGAGUUCCAUUGCAUCGACAGCACAGCUGCAGGAGUCGCAGCCACAGCUGCCUUUGCAGAAAUCUGUCUCCAAUCUUCAGAAGCCAACACCGGCAGCCAGCCAGGAGAGCACAAGCACAGGUGGACCAAAGCAAUGGGCACAACUAAAUGGAAAGGCAGUAGAUCAAGAUGGUUUAAGGGCCUCAAGCCGACUGCAGCCCUUCUCUCACGAGGAAUUUCCGACGCUGAAAGCAGCAGGAGAACAGGACAAGGCUGGCAAGGAAAGAAGCGCCUUCGAUCUGUCGUAUGGGCCAGGACCAAGCCUCCGCCCUCAGAACGUAACGAGUUGGAGGGAGGGGGGCGGGCGGAAUCUACAGCCCCUCUCUCUGUCCCCCGCCCUCUCCUCCGAGACAGAGGGCAAGGCCAGCGGCCCGACUGAAACCGCAGCACCUCUUCCUCCUCCACCUCCUCCUCCCUCCUCAUCCUCCGCCCCCUCCUCCCUGUCCUCGUCUGCCAAUGCCGCCCCCACUGCCACAGCUCCAUCUCCCGAUCUGAAGGAGCCGUCGCUGCGACCGGCUCAGCCACUGCGCAGAGCAGCGCCCUCUGCCCUGCAGUACCAGCUCCACCACACCACCACCACCUACCAUGACAUGCUGCCUGCCUUUAUGUGCCCUAAAGAGACUCGAGAUGGCCCUGGCUCCACUGAGCACGGCUCUGCCGCUGUGAUCGCCCCCAUGCGCUUUGACGCCAGGCCCACCUUUAGACCAGCUUUCACUGCUCCUGAGCCUGUCAAUGGAGACGUGCGAAGGGAGAACCGUUUCACCCGAGUGCCCCCUCGUCCCUCACCUCGACCUAUCCGUCGCCCUGGAGACAGGGCACCCCGUCCCGCCAUCAUCAACCCUGAUGACCUGAAAGACCUGGAUGACCUGGACAACGACUGUGAGGACGGAUGGGCAGGUCUCCAUGAGGAGGUGGAUUACAGCGAGAAGCUCAAAUUUAGUGACGAUGAAGAGGAUCAUUGCCCUAGUGAGAAGAAUAAGAUUUGGGGAGAGUGGGAGCCUCACCGUGAGCGUCAGUGCUCCAUGAGUUCAGGAGAAGGCCAGUAUCCACAGGAGCCAGAGGAAGAUUCCUACCAGCACCCGCAAGAUCUUCUGCCUUCCAGGAAGACCAACGGCAGAUACAUCUCAGCAGACUCGCAGCCCCAGCAGAAGACCAGUGAGUCUGCGGAGGAUCAAGACGAUAAUCAGCGCCCGGCUCCUCCUCGGGGAAAGUUCGUCUCUGCAGAUCUGUCUGAGGCGGUGGAGAGGGCGCGGCGUCGGCGCGAGGAGGAAGAGCGCCGCGCUCGUGAGGAGAGACUGGCCGCCUGUGCAGAAAAACUCAAAAAGCUGGACGAGAAGUUCGGCAAAACUGACAAACCUGCUCGCUGUGUGGAGACACAGAGGGAGCCACACGGUGUGGAAAGUAAGGAGCUAUCACAGUCUCCAGGCAGAGAUUUGGCAAAACAUCACCAGGACAGCUGGCAGUAUGGCACUAAAGAAGUGUCGGAGCAGCCCUCUGAUCAGUCGUCCAGCCAGGAUUACAGAGAUAACGGUUUCAGCUACCGGAACGAGGAUGACUGUCCAGAGCCCACUUCUCCCGUCCCAGAUUACGGCCGGCACCAAAAGGCCGUCCCGCCACGCUUCCAAAAGCAGCAUCAGCAGCAGGAGCAAGUGUACAAGAUGCAGCAGUGGCAGCAGUCGGGUCAUCCACCCCAGUCUGGCUCAGGCCACCCACAGCGAGGAUAUUAUCCUGCACAUGUUCUGGGCUUUGAUCCACGCUGGAUGAUGAUGCCUACCUACAUGGACCCCCGUAUGACCCAAGGCCGCUCCCCAGUCGAUUAUUACCCUCCCAGUGUCCACUCCUCUGGAAUGAUGAAGCCAGUCAUGCAGCAGGAUCGCCUCAACAGUCCUGGCUCUGCCUCUGAUGAGGGAAGCCAUCCCAGCUUACACCAGGAGAGGAGAGCGCCCUCCACUGAGCCUUACCCUGUCUGGAGCCAAGACGGCUACCCUCCAGCUCGCAGUUUCACCCCACCCUACCAGAGGCAGCAUGACAACACUGACAGGAGUCACGCCGAUGACAGGAGUGACAGGUCAUGCUCUCAGCAGGACUCCUAUGAGGAGCGAGCAAACGAUCGAGUCGACAGCCCUGCUGAAGACCUCCCCCAUCAGGCAUAUCGCCAGGGCCGCGGUUCUGACAUGUCUUUAGGGUCGCAGCGAGACGCCAGCCUUGAAGAAACCCAUCAGCCUUCAGCUCAUGGCCGCUUGCACCCAGGAGAGAGUGACUACUCUAAAGCAGAGCACCAGAAAGAGCCCUCCACUACUAGACCCCAGAGAGAGAACCUAGAUUCCCGAGAUGAUGCUUGUGAGGGUAAGGAGAAGAGCUACGACUCAGAUUUCUGGAAGAAGGACGGUUCUCUGAAGAAAGACAUCAGUUGUGGACAGGCUCAGUGGUCUGAGCCUGGCUCCAGCAGUAGCAGCAGCGUUAGCCAGCCGUCUGAGUCUAGUGGAAGAACCUUUAGGAGAACAGGGCCCAUCAAGAAGCCAGUGCUAAAAGCUUUAAAGGUUGAAGACAAGGAGAAUGAGAAGCCCAAAACGGAACCUGAAGAGAAGCCUGUUCCAUAUAGACUUGAAAAGGAAGUCCUUACUAACGUGUAUGAUUUGAAAAAGGACAACCAGCCCCUAACCAGUAGGCAUCCAGCUUCAGCCCCAGCUCCUUUGACUUCUUCUCUUGAGGAGAAGCAGCCACCUCCACCUAAAAUAGAAAAGAUAAUCAACCCAAUUGAAGAUUCCAAUAAAGAAAACAACUGGGACAGUACUAAAUCCCAGACUAAAGAAAACUCUGAAAAUAGAGAGCCCCCAGCUGCUCCACGUCGGAACAACUGGAUUUUCAUAGAUGAAGAGCAGGCGUUCGCUGGAGCCAGAGGAGGUGGACGUGGCCGUGGGCGAAGUUUCAGAGAGUUCAGCUCGCGCAGUGGCACCCGUGGAGGACGUACAGAUAACUCUAGAGGCGCCUACAACUCUGGGAACAACCACCGGGCUACCAGGGGACGGGGCACACGGGAAUUUGUCAAAACCGAAGAUCUGCAACGAGGCAAACCACGCAGAAGGAACGUAAGUGAAACGCUGAGUGAAGCUUCAGAAUACGAGGAGCUGCCUAAACGUCGUCGCCAGAAGGGGGCUGAAAACGGAGAAGCCGCUUAUUCUGCAAGUGGUGACACCAAAAGGGCGGACAGGGACUCGUGGAGAUCCAAUAAGGUAUAUAACAAUGAUCAGAGCAGUGGCGAAGCAAGGGAGAAGUCCAAAACAAGAGGUUACGGUCGAUCCCUUCCUCCACGCCUCAACGCCGGUUACAACCGCGGGUUCGGGUCGAGGGAGAUUUCUACGUGGAGGGGAAGAGGAAACCAGUUUGGAGGCGGUUCCUCUCAAGAGAAUGGAUACAACUUCGGGAAUGACUCCUACUCGAGAAAACCAGCAGAAGGAGAUCCACUCAAGUACCCACCAAAGUUUUCCGCCUCCUUUGUGGAGAACGGUGUAGAAGACAGAGAAGGUGACUAUUAUCUAGAUAAUGAUAACCCCGACAACCGGCCAUUGAGGAGAAGACGUCCUCCACGCCAGGACAAGCCUCCGCGCUUUAGAAGACUGCGUCAAGAGAGAGAGCCUGGAGGCCAGUGGAACAGCGAAGAGUAUGUUAACGGAGAUUUCACCAACCCCUGGCCCAGUCGUUCGAAAGGUGGAGAGGACCACUGGCCAGGUCAGUAUUCUGGAAACAGACAACAGGAAUUCAGCCAUCAAGGUGAAGACUGGGAGACUGGGUCGGAAAACAGUGAUUUUAACGACUGGAGAGAAAAACGUGGUGCCCAGCACGGUGAUGCGGCAGCUGAUUCAGGUCACAGUGAGCCAGGCUCUGAAAAAAGAGAGCUCUCCAAGAGAAGUUUCUCAAGCCAGCGCCCACUAGUGGAGCGGCAGAACCGCAAGAGCGACAUCUCCGUUUUGGAAAGCAGCAAGAUGAACCGUUCCACGGACACUCCUUCGAGCGGCAGCUCAUCUAACCGAAAUGAUGGCUGGCAGAAUGGAGUGUCGCCCAACUGCAGAAGGAGUCCAGAGGACGCAGCUCCAGGCUUGAACGCAGGGUCUGUUUACGGUGUGGAACAGCCAGAGGAGAACCUCCCCACCAGCGCUACUGAGUCUUCAGGGAAGAAAAUGGAGAAGGAGCUGAAAACCAGAGCCAUCAAAGGAGACAUGGGGGAGUCCCUUUCUCAAUACGACCUGAACAGUUACCCAAUUGAAAGCGAUUCAGGGGCUUCUAUUCCGAGUCCCGAGGGAUUCCAAGAUGCCCUCUCCAAAAAGCAGAGGCGUCCACAGGAGGAGGACCGAAGGAGAAAGGAGCAAAAUGCACAGGUUGCAGUGAAAAACAGGCCAAUCACUUCAAAAAUGCCUCCCCGUUUUGCUAAGAAGCAGGGCAGCAUGUCCAUCGAACAGCCGGAGGAGACGCUCUCAGCCAGUAACCUGGGCACUGAGAUAUGGGAGACCAACAGCUCAGCCCUCACAGUUCAGUCAUCUGGUGGAGACUCUUGGACGAAGCAAGUGUCAUACACUGGGAGUGAACCAAAUUCAGAGGAUUCGGACGCAGGGCCGGAGCAGAGCAAAGAGCACAAACCUGGCCCCAUCGGAAAUGAGCGUUCGCUGAAGAACCGAAAGGGUUCUGAAGGGGUGGAGCGUCUGGAGGGCCCCAUCACCCCAGUAAAUGGAGUGGACAUCCACGUGGACAACGUCAUCCCUGUUCCCCCUAUCGAAUUUGGAGUCAGUGCAAAGGACUCUGACUUCAGCCUCCCUCCUGGCUCUGCGCCAGUAGCUGUCUCAAACCCAGUCACCAAGCUACAGGAUGCUCUUGCUGGCAAUGCCGGCCUUGCUCAGGGCAUUCCGAUGCUGCGCAGAGAUCACCUGCAGCCCGCCAUCAACCUCAACCCCAUAUCCUUCCCCACCACGGACCUCACUCUCAAGAUGGAGUCUGCACGUAAAGCCUGGGAAAACUCUCAGUCCCUCCCAGAGCAGGGCUCUCCCGGCGGUGCAGGUUCAGGCUCUCAGCCCCCCUGCAGCGCUGGCUCCUCCAGCGGGGUCAGCUACAGUUCCUUUGGAGGUGUCUCCAUGCCCCCCAUGCCUGUGGCUUCUGUUGCCCCCUCUGUCUCCAUGCAAGGUAAUCAUAUUACCCCUCUGUACCUCGACGGCCACGUCUUUCCAAGUCAACCUCGGUUGGUGCCGCCGACUAUGACUCAGCAGCAGAGCUACCAACAGGCUGCAGCAGCUCAGCAGAUUCCCAUCUCCCUGCACACAUCUCUGCAGGCUCAGGCCCAGCUGGGGCUCAGGGGGGGUCUGCCUGUUUCUCAGUCGCAGGAGAUGUUCAACUCCAUCCCUCCUUUCAGGUCCCAAGUGUACAUGCACCCCAACCUGUCCCAGCCCAGUCCGAUGGUGUUGUCGGGUGGAGCUCCUCUAAAAGGACCAUACUCAGCCUUUCCGGGAAUACAGCCUUCAGAGAUGGUGAAGCCUCAGUCAGGUUCCCACUACCAGCCUAUCAACGGCAGCCAGCCACUGGUCUACGACGGCCCCAUGAACCAGGCUCCAGGCAUGGGCACCUCCCAACUAAUGGACUCCCAGCUCAUCCAGGUGACCAUGCCCCUGCCUGGUUCUCAGCUGCGUUAUGGUUCAGCCCAGCAGCACCUGAUCCUGCCCCAGUCCAUCCAGCUCCAGCAAGGCCAGAACCUUUCUGUAAACGCUCCGCGCCGCAUGAUGCCUCCAGGCUCACAGCCACCCGUCAUGCCAGCCAGCAGAGAGCCUUCGCAGAUGGAGAUGAAAGGGUUCCAGUUUUCCGACAAGGCCAGCCACUCACCCGGAAUACCUGCCGGCUCCUACAGGCCUGGCUCUGCUAGUCCCAGUGGAAAACCCUCUGGUCCUGGCGCCCCCCCUGCUGUAGGCCCCCUCCCUGGACAUUAUACUCAACAGGUGCCCCCUCCCCAAGGCAGCAUGGUAAUGCACAUCCGCCCCCCCACCACUGGCCCCUUCCCCAACCCCAUCCAGCGGCCUGUAAUGCAGGUAAACAAGACCGUCAUCAUCCGCUCCCCUCCCUACCCCAGCCCAGGCCGCGAGCCGCCCCACUCCACCCCCCCUUCCAACCCCGAGACCGCACCCAAAGGGGCUGAGGAGGGCACGAAGGUGAGCCACCCACUGUAAAUAUAGGCAAAGGCUCUCCGUGAGGCUCGGGCAGGUGUAGGUGACCUGAAGGCUCCGUCGGCUGUGAUUUCCAACAAGCUGCAAGAGCCGCUGCCCCCAGGUCAGGUCAAACCGGCCCGAACCGGAGCCAUCAAGCCUCAGUCCGUUAAAGUGGAGGAGAGCAAGGCCUAAUGCUGGACCUCACGUCUGACUCCAUCCUGCUGUCGUUGAAACCGCUCUGCUCAAACUUCGCCCGUCUCCAGGCAACUUUUAAGGACCUCUCUCCAUUAUCCUGUUUUUGUUUGGCUUAUUUUUUGUUUUAUUUCUUUCUUUUUUUUUUCUUCCCCUUCACAUACAUUCAUCUCACCACUCUACCAGGACAACAAACUGAAACCACAGGAGCACCAAAAUCGGACACUUACUGUUUAAACACAGCAUAUAGAGAUAUAUAAAUAUAUCUAUAUAUAUAAAUGUAUACUAUAUUAUAUAUACAUAGACACGAUAGCUUGGGACUUUUCUAAGCAGACACUCUCUUCAAGAACAUCUUUAUUUAUUAACAUUUAUUUUCCAUUUCAAGAGAAGAAUAAUGGGUAAAAACAAUGUCAGAUUUCAUGUUUUCUCUCCAUCAAAGUUUGAAAAGAGAACAUCUGAAAAAAAAGGAUGCAUCAUCACCUUCAGCUUAUGCAUUUCCCCACCCAUUGCCAAACUGUGCCCACCUGGUUGGACUGUAGUUUUGAUUGACAUGACUGAGAAUCAACGAACAUGUCGGAAGCUUAAACUGUAAGCCUCUUUAAACAAAAAAAAGCAAGAAAAAAAAACUGCAGUGUGGCACCAUUUUGUCAUUUUUACUGGGUACCAUGGAAUUUUUAACUUUUUUUUUCUUUUUUUUAAUAAAUAUAUAAAUCAUAAUCGACGCCUAUUUGCUCUAUUAUUAAAGGGCACCUUUUACUCAAUAAAACAAAAACUUUAAACCCCAAUUUGAAGACAUUUUCCUGGUUUUUCGCCAAAUGGUUUGCGCAGUAUUACUUGAAUGAGGAACUUAAAGGGCCCAUAUCAUGGAAAACCAAAUUUUCUUCAUUGUUUUUUUUUCGUUUUUACCUCCCAAGACUUAAUACAUUAUGUAAUAUGUGAACAUUGUUUGUUUUCAGAAAGCAUUGUUUAUCCCCAGUGGACACGAAGCUGCAUUUUGACUUGUGAUGACUUUUUGUGAUCACAAAAACCAAUGCAUUUACACACAUUUGCCUAUUCAGCCUAGAGCAGCUUAGCCAUGCCCACUCACACUGAACUCAGCCCUGCCCACUCACACUGAACUCAUAAGAAAUGUUUCAGCCUUGGAUGCUUCCUGAAUGAAGCAGCCAAUCAGAGCAGGGCUCAUUUGCAUAUAUCAGUCUGAAAGGCACAACAAAAACAGCCUGUUUGAUUCUAAGGGGUAAAGAGGUCAUGACCAUUUUAGCACAAAUGUGAUCUGAAAGGGGGGGGCGGUGUAGGAUAUGGGCCCUUUAACUCGUAGAAAGACCAUGAAAACCUCUGAUUUGUUAAAGGCUUGUUUUCAGAGCCAGUCGAGGGCGAGUAACGGUGAUAGUCUGAAGGCUGUAUGUGUCUGUGAAACGCUGUGGGUCGUGUACUCCUGGUGAACCGAGCUGUGGGUGGCCGCUAACUUGUUGGAGCGUGUGAUCACUUUAUUUUAAGUGGCUUUUUUGUGCUAUCCCUAUAGCUAAUGCUAACGCUAAUCAGACACGUUACCAUAUAGAGAUAUAGCUCCUCUCUGUCGCUUUGUUUGUUUGUAUUGAGUCAAAUGCAGCUGUAUUUUUUUUUUUCUUUUUUCUUUUUUUUUGGACAGGACCUCCACCAGGGCUGACACUGCUGUUUAAAAGAUGGAGUCACUUGCAUUAAUAAGUUUUAUUAAACUCUAGUUUAUAUAUGGUGGAUUUGACUGUUGUGAUCCAGACACUAAAAUGCAAUCCAGUAGUUUAUUCACAGUGUAAAGACAAUAAGAAUCGGACAUGGUAAAAAAAAAAUGUAUUAAAUAAUAAACUGUUUAUCGUCAGUUGUGAAAAGCUGUUUUAUCGACGAGAUUCAGUCACUAUAUGGGGCGUUUUUUGUUCCUUUUAAGUUACUGUCAGUGCUGUAGAGCUUUCUCAGUUACUGUGGGAUCAUCCACCCAAAUUUCUUAAUUUUCACAGCUUCUGAAAAUUGAGGCCUGAAAAAUAAUCAUUUGUCAUUUUACGUGUGAUUCCAAACUUUUGAGCGGUGGUGUACGUCUCCAGUAAAAGCUCCCCUGUGGAUGUGUGGAUUAUUAUUUUUUUUUUCCCUACUUCUUCCCUCCAAAUCCUUCCUUUUAAAGCAUUUCUCUGGAUCACCUCCUUUUCCCUUCCUUUCAUCUUUCCUUUAAAGCACUUCUCUCCUUCUCUGGAUGUGGGAUCUCCUCUGUGGU